AUGGAAUUCCUCAGGCAGGAUCCGCUUCAGCUGGGAGACGAACAGCCGGACCUGCUCCUCCGUCGUCCCGGUGCUCCAGACCCGCCGCCCCGGGUGGAAGCGACUCUGCACGGGAGGCUGGUCCCCAGGAGAAGCCUUCUCAGCCGGAUAGCGAGACCAGACGUCUCCCCCUCACAUUUCCCCCACAAAGUUGAAAGAGUCUCGCCUGGUGUGGAGCUGGGGGGCAGUGGGUUGUCUUCAUCUUUGGGCACGGUCAGUGGUCCGUACCCGACUGGCUGGCGUGACUCCCAUGAGGGUCACACAUCUUGUAUGAAAGGAAAAUUGAUGCAGAUCGAGCUGAACUGUGAGAGCAGACAUCUCAGAUUCUGCUUUCUGUCCUGCUUCAACACACAAGUCUCUGUUUCCAUGUCGAAGUCUGCUCAGAUGCCACUGUCCAACAUCACCGUGCCGAAGGCCUCCAUCUCCAGGGUCCCCAGCAGCAUGGAGGGCAUCAAUCAUGAGCUGGAGAAAGUCUUCAUUAAAGACAGUGGAGACAAGGAGGAGCUAAAGUCCUUGGAGGUCCCUGAUGGACGCCGGGCACCCUUCCCUCCACAGCAGCGCAGCAGCAGUUCCCACAGUGUGGACCCUCAGACUCCGUUAGCCCCCGGGCGGUCCAGCAGCUGCUCCAGCCUGUCCCCAUGUCCCUCACCAGCCUGCCCUCCAGGAUCACAUGAUGGCAGCCCCUACUCCACAGAGGAUCUGCUGUACGACCGAGAUAAGGACAGCGGAAGCAGCUCCCCCCUUCCUAAGUUCGCCUCCUCACCCAAACCCAACAACAGCUACAUGUUCAAGCGAGAGCCUCCAGAGGGAUGUGAGAAGGUUAAAGUGUUUGAGGAAAUGAGCUCCAGGCAGGUGGCGUCAGCGUCCGCCCCCCUCUUCUCCUGUCCCGACAAAAACAAGGUCAACUUCAUCCCGACAGGCUCCGCCUUCUGCCCCGUCAAACUUCCCGGCUCCAUGCACCUCGCUCCACCCUCAGAGGUGGAGGACGAGGACAACUUGGAGGCCCCGUCUUCCUUCGAGCCCCACGGGGCUGGCUCGUUUCACGGUGUCCCCACUCAGGUGUCCACGAGCACCAGCACAGACGACCCCCCAGAGGAGCCCUCAGAGACUGCAGAGGGUCAGACAGACAGCCCCGACACCAGCUAGACUCUAGUAGAGGGACCACCCCACACCUGACUGUCCCCCCAACAAACACGUCCGUCUCUCUGUGCUAACCCCCCCACACCCCCCUUCUAUCACUGCAUGACAGCAACUCUGUCCCUUCAUAUCCACGGACACAAAGACGCCCCCUCAUCGUUCUGUCCUGCAGGGUCUGAGCUGUUUGCAGGAAGGAUUUCAGGUAUUUUGUGCAUCAGAGGGAAGAACGGAGCUCUAC